AUCGACACUUUAAUACGAAAAGUUUGUGAUGAAUUGAAAUAAAUCUGUUUUUUAUUCAUUAAGUACAUUCUUGUUGUUUUAGUUGUUUUUUAUAUUUAGUGUAAGAUUUUCUUAUCGUAUGUAAAAGUUAUGGAUUUUUAUAUACAUUACAUUGCAAAUACCGACCUUAGUUGUGAAGUGAUUCAGUUCUUGUAUUGAUUUUUGUGUUUUAUAACUAUGGAUAACAUGCAAACUCCAAAGUUGGAGAAUGUGCAGAUGCAGGACAAAUACAACUUGAGGAAUCCCUCCAAAGGCACGCUGUAUUUCGCAACGACACAUCUGAUAUUCGUGGACCAUGAGAUGAGAAAAGAAACAUGGAUACUCCUAAUGCACAUAUCAUCAGUGGAGCGGCUGCCGAUCACUACGACCGGGUCACCACUGCUUGUGCGCACCAAAACUUUCCAGUCGGUCUUCUUCGUCAUACCACGAGAAAGGGAUUGCCAUGAGAUGCACCAAACACUUCUGCGCCUGAGCCAACCAGUACAUAUUGACGAGUUGUACUGUUUCCACUAUAAACAAACUCCAGACGACUUACCCAAGUCAGCCGGAUGGAAUUUUUUCGAUAUACAAACGGAAUUCCAGAGGAUGAAUGUGCCAAAUGAACAGUGGGUACUUUGCACAGCUAAUAAGGAUUAUGAGCUAUGUGAUACUUAUCCCAGUGAGAUAUAUGUACCAGCAAAAGCUUCUACUGCUAUCUUACUGGGCAGUGCGAGCUUCAGAUCUCGAGGGCGUCUUCCGGCCUUAGCAUAUCUGCACCACAAUAAAGCUGCAAUAGCAAGAUGCAGCCAGCCAUUAAGCGGAUUUUCUGCCAGAUGUAUGGAAGAUGAACAAAUGCUCGACCUCAUAAGGAGGGCCAACCCCAACUGUGGAUAUAUGUACGUCGUCGACACACGCCCAAGGAUAAACGCUAUGGUGAAUCGUGCGGCUGGCAAAGGAUAUGAGAACGAAGCGUUCUAUGAGAAUAUAAAAUUCCAAUUCUCAGGCAUCGGCAACAUACACGUCAUGCGAAAGAGUCUUCAAAAACUCGUUGAAACUUGUGAACAGAAUUCCCCGAGCAUGUCUUCCUUCCUUGGCGGUUUGGAAUCUUCGGGCUGGUUGAAACACAUCAAAUCGAUUCUGGACACAUCUUGGUGGAUAGCUUGCGCCGUUUCCGGCGGCGUCAGUGUCUGUGUCCACUGUAGCGACGGGUGGGACCGCACCGCGCAGGUGUGCUCCCUGGCGGCGCUGUGUCUGGAGCCCCACUACCGCACCAUCAACGGGUACCAGGCGUUGAUCGAGAAAGACUGGCUGUCGUUCGGUCACAAGUUCACAGCUAGAUGCGGGCAUAUCGCGUGCGACGGCCGCGAGAGGUCGCCAGUAUUCACUCAGCUUCUGGACUGCACGUGGCAGCUGCUGCGACAGAGGCCUGAGGCGUUCCAAUUCAACGAACGGUUCUUGCUGACUCUGCAUGAACACGCGCACGCGUGUCAGUACGGAACCUUCGUAGGGAACUGCCAGAAGGAUCGCAGGGAUCUCAGAUUGUCGGAACGAACGUUCUCGCUAUGGGGUUACAUGGCGAACCAUUUGAACGAGUACAAAAACCCACUGUACAACCCGAAAGCGCAUCCCGACGUGUUGAAACCUGACCUUAGCGCCCAGAGCAUAAGAUUUUGGCGCGGAAUGUACUGUCGCCACGAACACGGAGUUCAUCCGCGAGAGCCGCUCGCAGAUUUAUUACCGGCUGCUGUGGAACACGCUACCGCGUUAGACCACCAUAUCAACUAUCUGGCCAAGAGGAUAACUACGUUCAAGAACCUUCUGUCGGGUAGAAAGUCGUCCAAGAACAAAGACACGACAGUCGUCAACUACCAAAACGGGAACAUCGCCGCUGUGGGCAUCGAGAGCAGUAUCGAGUCGCUGCAGAUCGACAACAAAUUGCUAUACGAGUCUGGGGCCACUCUGUCCGAACUGGAGUGCGCAAACCAUGACCACCCUCUCAAAGAUGCGCGCGUGCCAAUCAAACCGACCAAGAUACCGCUUAUCACUGAGAAGGGCGACGAGUCCAUACCGGCCAGCAUGACUCAGCUAGAGGAAGAGAUGAACUCUGUGGCGCUCGAUUGGAGUAGCAUCAAGAAUGUGACAGAAUGUAGCUGCUCCACACCAUUGGAACAUUUCAGCCGCAAGCACCACUGCUGGGGCUGCGGGCGGUGUGUAUGCACUCGUUGCGUGACCCGGCGUUGGCCGCUGCCUGCGCUCGCGUCGCCCCGCACUGCCCCGCUCUGCGCCGCGUGCGCCCCGCAAGCAAACAUUAGCUGAAGUGUCUGUCACACUAGCGCCAUCUUCUGCGGCAAGUACAACAAACUUGCUUUUGCAUUCCAUACAAAACUAUAAGCAGUAUAGGAGUCAAAACUCCUAAAGCAGAUCAGAAGCAGUUUGCAAAAAGGCUCAACGCUGUAUAACUGAAUGGUUGAAAUUUCAAAAGAAGCUAUCAAUAGUCUGAAAUGUUAUUUAUAUAAAAUGUGUAUGUAUAUAUAUAGAGAUUACUCGUAAUGCUGUCAGUCCUGUCCUUACCUCCACCUUACAGAAGAUACAGUACAACAACACUACCUUUUGUUGGUGUUGUGUUUCUGUCAGUGAAUAUGGUUCUAGGGCUUCACGGGGUAGGAAAUGGGGUCAGGGUAGGAGACGGCGCGAGUGAUAGCUGGUAUCGCAAGCGUCUAUAGGCUACGGUGGUCGCUUAACAUUAGGCGGGCAAAUGCUUGUUAAACAAGGUUAAUUUUAAAACACCAACAACCUCUAACAUACUACCUAUCAUCAGGAACAACUUUUAUUAUGGGACCAGCGCUGAAAUCGCGAAAAACAAAAUCGGCUGUUUCUUACAAAUGUGCAUCAGCUUAUCGACCGA